GGAGAUCCGUGCGAUUCGGAAGAUUUCAGAUGUGUGCUAAGCCUGCUGGAGUGAGCACGCUUCGGGACACCGAUGGAGGCGAGAGCUCAGAAUGGCAGCAGCUCGCAGCCCUUGCUACAGGCUCGCCGUGACACGGGGAGGCCGCACGGGGAGCCCGACCUGAGGGAUGUCCUGGCGCAGCAGGUUCACGUCUUGUCUCUGGACCAGAUCAGGGCCAUCCGGAACACAAAUGAGUACACGGAGGGACCGACGGUGGCUCCACGGCCAGUGGCCAAGUCUGCUCCUAGGCUAGCCACCCAGCACAAGAGUGAAAGGCCCCAUGGCUUGCCUGAGCAUCGCCACCUCGGCCGGGUUCAGCACACACAAACACACACUUCUCCUCGCGCAGCCCUGUCCCGCUCCAUCAGCACGGUCAGCACAGGCUCGCGGAGCAGUACAAGGACCAGUACGAGCAGUAAUUCCUCCGAACAGAGACUCCUAGGGUCGUCUUCGGGGCCCCUUGCCGACGGGAUAAUCCGGAUGCAGCCCAAGUCAGAGCUCAAGGCGAGCGAGCUGAAGCCGCAGAGCAAGGAAGACCUGGGAGCUCAUGCCUACCGCUGCGAGGACUGUGGGAAAUGUAAGUGCAAGGAGUGCACGUACCCGAGGACCCUGCCGUCGUGUUGGAUCUGUGACAAGCAGUGUCUGUGCUCGGCCCAGAAUGUGGUGGACUACGGGACUUGCGUGUGCUGUGUCAAGGGCCUCUUCUACCACUGCUCCAACGAUGAUGAGGACAACUGCGCGGACAACCCCUGCUCCUGCAGCCAGUCCCACUGCUGCACCAGAUGGUCUGCCAUGGGCAUCGUGUCCCUCUUCCUGCCUUGCUUGUGGUGUUACCUGCCAGCCAAGGGUUGCCUUAAGUUGUGCCAGGGCUGUUACGACCGGGUGAAUAGACCCGGGUGCCGCUGCAAGCACUCGAACACGGUGUGCUGCAAAGGUCCCAGUGUGCCCCCCAGGAACUUCGAAAAGCCAACAUAGCAUCACUAAUCGGAAGCAUUAAAGUAAUAAGGAUUAUUUUUUAGCAUAUGUAUACAACCAACUAAGCAGCUAUGGUCUUGGCACUGUAGUAGAAGGGUUGGGGAUGUACUUUGCCGUUUGCAGUGAAAUGCUUCUCUGUGCGUGUGCCAUCUUAACUGAUAAUGCUUGUUAGGAUCCAGCUAAUGGGAUGCGGGAAAAAAAAAAAGAAAAGAAAAUGGGAUGCAGUACAUUGUGACCCACAUAUUGCAUAAGCUAAAGCAACACAGACACUCCUAGGCAACUCCAUUGUUUGUGAAUAGUACUUGCAAAAUUUGUAAAUUAGCAAACGACUCCCUUUUUCAUUGUUUUCUGCCAGAGAUAAUGUGCUAUAUUUUUGUAUAUACAAUAAUAUUUUCAACUGUGAAAAAAAAAAGGUGGUGCCAUGAGGAAUGGCACAGUCACAAAAUAUUAUACUAAUAUGUUGUACAUUCGGAAGAAUGUGAAUCAAUCAGUAUGUUUUUAGAUUGUAUUUUGUCUUACGGAAACCUUAUAUUACAAGACUCUGAUUUCCCUUUGGACUUCAUGUAUAUUGUACAGUUACAGUAAAAUUCAGCCUUUAUUUUCUAAUUUUUUCAACAUAUUGUUUAGUGUAAAGAAUAUUUAUUUGAAGUUUUAUUAUUUUAUAAAAAGAAAUAUUUAUUUUAAGAGGCAUCUUACAAAUGUCACCCCUUUUUAUGAGGACGUCAGUUGCUGCAAAUAAGGGGUGAACGAUGCAUAUGUUCACUAUAAAAUAGAAAAUAUAUUAACGUUUGAAAUUAAA